UAAAUUUGUCCUUCACCCUUACAAUGCGCCAUUCAUAAACAAAGCGGGAUAUUGUUUUUGAAUAUAUAUUACUUUGUUUUCUCUUUAUCAAACAUUUGACAACGUUAUAUAUUUGAUCUAUUAAUGUUGCAAGUUUUGGAUUAUUCUUAAAAUAGUUUUUCUCGCCUGCUCUCUCAUCGUAAGCAUUCCGACGUGUUUCAACACGAAUUCGCCUCUAAAUAUCAACUCAAAAAAGUGUAAAACGGUAAAGAAAAUAAUAAUAACAAUGAGUUCAGACGAAUCGAGUAUUAAAGAACUUCGUACUCAUCUUUAUAAAAAUAUGAAAGAUAAAGGAUAUCUAUCCAAUUUGAAGUGCCAGUUAAGGAACAAAUUACUGGCCGAUUUAAAGACUAAAGGACUACAAGCUGAAAAAUUAAAGUCUAAGGGAACCGAACAAGAGCAAAGUUUAUCAAUAAAGGCGGCAAAUAGUAUAAUAAUAGAUCAUUUGGAAAAAUGUAAAAUGGAAUAUACACUGAGUAUGUUCUUACCGGAAAGUAAUACUGAAAAUAAUAUGGUUUUCAAUACAAGUGAAUUGCUACAAAUUCUACGUAUCAGUCCUGAAUCCGAUUUAUACAAAUAUUUAAUGGAAGAUUCUUCAGUGAAGAGUGAAGAAGGUUUUCUAUCAAAAUUGCUCAAGAGAAUUUCCGAGGAGCAUGGUUUGAAUAAAAUCGCUUCAGCAUGCCAAACUGAUACUUAUAUUCAACCUCACCAUUCAUCUUUAGAAAAUAAAAUGCAAAUGAUAGACAACAGUUUUACGGAUGCCUCUAGGGAACAUAGAUCAGUAGAAUUCGAAAAUAGAAUUACGGCUUAUAAAAAAGAGAUAGAUAAACGCUCCCGAGCCGAUUUUGAAGCUGAGAUCAUACGUUUCAAAGAGACAGAAAUUAGUCGUAUUCGAAUAGAAGAAAGAGAAAAAUUACGUGAACAACUAGAUGCUACCAGAAGAGAAUUGGAGAGGACUUACCACGUGAAAGCUGAAGCGUUACUUCAACGUGAGAGGCACGCUGUAGAAAGAGUUCAACAACAGCAAAGUAUUCAAGAGAGAGAGGUCUAUAGCCAAAGACAAAGUCUUUUGGAUGAGAUAGAAGCCGUUAGAAAGAAGGAAGCGCAAGUGAGAAGAGACGCUGAAUUGAUGAGAAGAGAGCAAAUGAUUCAAGAAGAGAGAAUGAAAACUAGGGAAGAACUAACAUCAAAAAGGGAGGAAAAUGCUCGUAAAAAGGAAAUAGAGCUGGCCAAAGAGCUGCAUGAUCAGAUGAGCAAAUUCAAGUUGGAGCAGGAGGCUAAUUACAUGCAAAGAUCAAAAGAUUUGGAAUUUCGCGAAUUAAAAGUUCGAGAUGAUCAACGGCGUCUAGAUGACGAAUUACGUGAUAUUUAUAAUGUAAAACAAGAGUUAAGGGAAAAAGCCAGUAGAGUUUGCCAACUGGAGGCUGAACUAAACAGCAGCAGACAACAAUUAAUCGUAUUUGAAAAGAAAUCAGAAUUACAAGCGGAUAAAAUAAGAGAGAUGGUCGAUUAUGAGACUUUGAAGAAAGAGAAUUUUUUAUUGAAAAAAGAUCUAGAAGUUAUAAAAGACCAAUACGCCCAAGCGUCUAAAGAAGCUAUGGUUGAGAGAAAAAAACAGGAAAGUUUGUAUAGGGAAAUGACGGAAAGAGCCGAAAGACCUUCACCCGAGGUUAUUCUUAUUCAACGAGAAUUGGAUAAAGCCAGAGAACAAUCGAAACAGCAAGAAAUUCUAGGCAAUCAUCAUAGGAAUUUAUCUGAAAAAAAUCUUCAAGAUGAGCGUGAAAGUAAACGUCAACUAUUACAAAAAUACGAAGAACAAUCGAUGCAAAUGAAAGAGAUGAAUAGGGAAUUAAUGGAUCUAAGGCAGCAAUUAGGAAUGACAACAAAAGCACUUACAAAUGAAAUUUAUCGAAAACCAUUUGCCGAAGUUUCUAAUGAUUCAAAGCACGAUAUAAGUAUUGAUAGAUAUACAUCUGGAAGGAUACUUCGGGAAGAAGAAGUUCCAACGAGGUCCAGAGAUCUACAUUCCCCCGAAAGUCACAAUUCCAGUUCUUCUACCGAUUUAGUAGCCGAAACAAAGAGAAGACUAAAAAGUUUAGACGCAGAAGCCGAAGUAAGUACAUUGAAUAUCUGA